UUCAAAAUGGCGUUGUCGUGUUAUCAGGUGCUUCUGGCAUUUGGGAUGUUAGUAACUGGAAGCAUCAACACGAUAAGCAAGAAAGCCCAAAAUGAUGUCGUGGUGGAGGGACUCCCUGUCAAUGGAACGGCCACCCCACACAGCUUCGACCAUCCAUGGUUCCAGACUGUUAUCAUGUUCAUAGGAGAGACAAUCUGCCUGUUUGGUUUAUGUUUUCAAAGAAAGAGAGAAAGGGAUAAAUACCUGAAAGAACAAGAGCAGAAGGUAAUACAGGGAGACUUCAACACAGGAUUACCUCUACAGCAACCAAGAAUUUUUCAAAUUAUAUUUGCCAUUCCAACAGUUUGUGAUUUAAUUGGAACUAGCUUGGCAGGCAUUGGUCUUCUCUAUGUGGAUGGUUCUGUGUGGCAGAUGUUAAGAGGAUCUAUCAUCAUAUUUGCAGGCAUUUUAUCAAAAAUAUUUCUGAAGAGAAAGCUCCGUUGUAUCCACUGGAGUGGUAUGAUAGUAACAGUGCUAGGGCUGGUUUUGGUGGGACUCUCCAGUGUCUUGAAGAAUCAAAAGGAAGAAGAUUCAAAGGCAAUAUUAGGUAUAAUAUUUAUACUUGCUGGUCAAGUGGUCAGUGCCAGCCAAAUGAUCAUAGAAGAACUUUUCCUAAAGAAAAGAAACUUUCAGCCAUUACAAGUAGUUGGAAUGGAAGGAUCGUUUGGUGUAUUUUUCAUGGUUUGUGCUGUCCUACCAGCCAUGUACUUUAUCCCAGGUCCACAAGUAGGGAACAGUUAUGAAAACAGUAUUGAUGCCCUGUACCAGAUUUAUAACAGUCCAAGGCUGCUAAUUUUUUGCCUGUUGUACCUUGCUUCAAUUGCAUUUUAUAAUUACUUUGGAUUAGCAGUCACAAAGUCUUUGACAGCUGUCCACAGAACAUUGAUAGAUGCCUUAAGAACCAUAAUGGUAUGGGUGGUAGAUCUAUUGAUUUACUAUCUUUUUGACAAGGACUUUGGAGAGGAAUUUGACAAAACAUAUGGCCUGCUACAAGUGGAUGGCUUCUUAUUCCUGCUGAUAGGGACAGCCCUUUACAAUGAACUGGUAGAGGUUCAAUGCAUUCCCUGUCUAAGAAAACCAAGUCAAGAAAUGGAGGAGAUUACACCAAAAAAUCCCAGGCACAUUCAGGAUGCUGCUAAAAUUGAUGAAACUUCUCCAUUGCUUGAAGAAACCUAGACUGAAUCUUAUGUUAUAUUUCUUAUAAUUAUAUACCAGUAUAUAUAUAUAUAUAUUUAGUAUAAGGUCUAAUAUAUUCCUGUAAUAUUUAGUAAAUGUUGAUAUGUAGUAUAUUUAUAGCAUGGUUUUAUUGCUGUACAAUAAAGUGACCUGACAGAGGACUCCCUGUGGCAAACCCCCUGGGACCCUGCAGCCUUGUCCAUAAAGUAAAUCUUGGUAAGUUCCAGAUGAGGGAUGUGUGUCAAAGUAUAUAUGAGAAAUUCGAUGGUUUGGAGUUGUCGUGUUAUUAAAGUGCUACUUGUACCCAAACUUCCCUGAAUGGCACAGUGAAAGGCUGGUUGUACUUCAGUUAGGUCACACAGCAAUACCACAUGCACAUGUAACACUGUCCAGCUGCUGGCAUGGCAGCAGCUUAUUAUUUUCGUAAAAUUUCUACAUGUUAUUACAAAAUUGUGUUCCAAGUGUAUUUUGCACCUAAUGCAGAGAUCUCAAAGUUUCUGUCUCUCAUGUCAUAUUUAUAUCACUGCAAUAAUUGUGUAAAGAAAAAUUUCUGUCAAGUGUCUGAAUUGACUGUGUUCAUAGUUUAGAAAGAUAGCUGCAUUCAUGUAAAUGAAAGAACCUGAAACGUAAUUAUAAAGGGAAGUUAAGGGUAGUUAAUAAGCAAUAUUUCAUAGUGACCCCCAUCUCCAGAUUUUAUUUGCGCACGUGCGUGCUUAAUUCCAUUAUGAGGGUUAGCCUCAAUUGAGGUACAUGCUCCUACUUGUAUUGUGGUGCAUCACAUCACAACCUCAUUUUACCUGUGCAACAACCAAUAUUAUGUGUCACCAGUUUUCUUUGUGAAUUGGACUAUGAAUGUUGGGUAAUCUGAGAUGGAGGAGACAUAAAUAGUUGAUUACAUAUACCAAAGUUUUU